GUGCAAAUCAUUGCAAGCUGUUCAGUUGCACUUGAAGCGUCCCUCACUCAAUCCAAAAUGCCUUCGGUCGCUCCCACCGUAACGCUGAACAAUGGACAGAAAAUGCCCGUGCUGGGUCUGGGCACUUGGUUGUCCCGUGAAGGUGAGGCGGUUACCGCGGUCAAAGCAGCCAUCGACGCCGGAUACCGCCACAUCGACACGGCCUACUUGUACGCGAACGAGCAGGAAGUAGGCCAGGCGAUUCGCGAGAAGAUCGCCGAGGGCGUGAUCAAGCGCGAGGACGUUUUCGUUACCACCAAGCUGUGGAACACGUACCACGAACCUCGGCACGUCGAAGAAGCGUUCAAUCGCUCGCUGGCCAACCUAGACAUCGGUUACAUCGAUCUGUACCUGAUGCAUUGGCCAACGAGCUCCAAGUUUAUCGGUUGGGCUGCACCGGAUCCGGAUUCACCGGUGGCGCCGGAGUUUACCGAAGUGGACAUCAUAGAUACGUACCGCGCCAUGGAGAAACUGUUAAAGACUGGAAAGGUCAAGGGCCUUGGUGUGUCAAACUUCAACAGCGAACAGGUGGCGCGGAUCGUGAACGAGUGUAAAGUGCUCCCGGUGACGAAUCAGGUUGAGUGCAAUCCCAGUCUGAAUCAGCGGAAGCUCACAGAGUUUUGCAAACAGUGGAACAUUACAAUCACCGCGUACAGUCCGUUGGGUCGUCCCAAUUACUACGAAAAAGAUCCACUCAACAUGCCUAAACCGGCUCUGGAUGAUCCACGCGUAUUGAAGAUCGGUAAAAAGUACGGCAAGUCUCCGGGUCAGGUCAUUUUGCGUUACCUGGUGGACAUUGGUACCAUACCGGUGCCGAAAUCGGCGAACCUGGAUCGGCUUCGUCAGAACAUUGCCAUUUUCGACUUUAGGUUGACCCCCGAAGAGAUCGCAAUUAUGGACGGAUUCAACACCGGAGUGCGAACAGUGCCGUUCGCCGUUUGGGCGCCCCACAAAUACUUUCCCUUUGCUGCGGAAUUUUAGGUAAAUAAAUAAAUAAAUAUGAAAUUCUCGUAA